AUGGGCGACGGCACCGCGGACGACGAUAUCUCCGUCAAACUGGACAACUUGCUGAAGCUGGCGGAGAAUCACGCCUCAGCCAUCCAACAGAUCAAGGGCCAAUACUCCACCCUCAACGUGGCCGUCAAUCGGCUGCAGACCAAGGCCCUGGAUCUCCAGCCGCAGCAAUCCUCCUCGUCUUUCCGUUCACCACCGGAGUCACAACCCUUGGCGCCGAUCACGCACAAACUGCGUUUUCCAGAGUACAACGGCAAGGAGGACCCGGCGCCAUGGCUCCACAAGUGCGAGCAGUUCUUCCGUGCAUAUCGCACGCCAGAGACGGACAAGGUGUGGACGGCAUCCUUCUACAUGUCUGACACUGCGCAGCGCUGGUACUACCGCCUGGAGCGCAAUCGCGGCAUCCCAACAUGGCCGGACUUCGUCGACCUGGUCAGUCGUCGUUUCGGCCCACCCAUCCGAAGCAAUCCUCUAGGCGAACUGGCGCACCUCCAUCGCACCGGCACGGUCGAGGACUUCCAGGACCAGUUCCUUACUCUCCUGGCGCGUUGCGACGACGUCAACGAAGCACAGCAGGUGGCCCUCUUCACCGCCGGACUCGGCGGCACUCUCGGCAUCGACGUCGAGAUGCAGCGCCCGACUACCCUGGAAGACGCCAUGAACCUGGCACGGGCCUAUGAGUGGCGCGCCGCGACCCUCGGGAGCGACUCCAAGCCGUCCUCUUCCCGUGCCCCUCCGCGCGUUCCUCCGACACCGCGCCAACUUCUGCAGGCGCCCAAGCCGGCGCCCCCAUCCCCGGCAGCCGCGACUGACAGCGGCGUCGCCCCUCCUAAUGGCCGCUUUCGCCGACUGUCACCGGAGGAGAUGGACGAUCGACGCUCCAAGGGCCUCUGCUUCAAUUGCCCUGAGAAGUACUCCAGGGAGCACAACAAGGUGUGCAAGGGGCGCGGCGUCUACAUGAUCGAGCUCACGGAUGAAGAGCCUCCCGUGAAUGGUUUCGUGGAGGACGCCUCCGACGACGAGCUCGACGCCACGAUCUCCCUGAACGCGCUGACCGGCAUCGGCGACACGGACAUGAUGCAGCUCGCCACCACCAUCGCCGGCAAGGAAGUCACGGCCCUAGUCGACUCUGGGUCGACUCACUCAUUCAUGGCCACAGCUACGGCCGUGCGACUUGGCCUCUCACCGCAGCCAACCCCAGGCAUCCGCGUCAAGGUGGCCAAUGGUGAAGCCCUCGCCUCCUCGGGCAUCUGCAAGGCCGUCCCGGUGACGGUCGGGCAGGAGACGUUCCCCAUCGACAUCCACGUCAUCCCGCUAGAGGGCUACGAGCUGGUACUCGGUUACCGCUGGCUGCGCACCCUUGGUCCCAUCACAUGGGAUCUGGGACGCCUCGACAUGGUGUUCUGGCGUGGCAGGCGCCGGGUCCGUUGGACCGGUCUGGGCACACCAUCAGCCAGGCGCCUUGCGACAGCCGGGCUUCAGGAUCUCCUUCAGCUGCUGCUCGACGCCUUCAGCGACCUGUUCGAGCCACCGAAGACACUGCCGCCAAGCCGCAGCUUCGACCAUCACAUCCAUCUGCUUCCCGGGACGUCGCCAGUUGCCGUGCGGCCAUAUCGUUACCCGCAGCUCCUCAAAGAUGAGAUCAAACAGCAGUGCACCGACAUGCUUCGACAAGGCAUUAUCCGGCCGAGUACAUCGGCGUUCUCCUCCCCGGUGUUGCUGGUUCGGAAGAAGGACGGCACGUGGCGCUUCUGCGUGGACUACCGCGCCCUCAACGGCGCCACAGUUCGGGACAUGUUCCCGAUUCCAGUCGUCGACGAGCUGCUCGACGAACUCCACGGCGCCGCCUUCUUCACGAAGCUCGACCUCCGCAGCGGAUACCACCAGGUUCGCAUGCACCCCGACGACAUCGCGAAGACGGCGUUCCGUACCCACCACGGCCACUUCGAGUUCUUGGUGAUGCCAUUCGGCCUCACCAAUGCGCCGUCAACGUUCCAAGCACUAAUGAACGAGGUACUUCGUCCCUACCUGCGCCGGUUCGUUCUUGUCUUCUUCGACGACAUUUUGAUCUACAGCAAGACAUGGAGCGAACAUCUUCAGCACCUCCGCGCCGUCUUCUCGACGCUGCGUGAACACGGCCUGGUGCUCAAACGAUCCAAGUGCUCCUUCGCCGAACAAAGCAUGGCCUAUCUGGGCCAUAUCGUGACGGGUUCCGGCGUCGCCAUGGAUCAGUCGAAGGUGGCAGCCGUUCAGGCGUGGCCACUGCCCACGUCCCUGAAGGCAUUGCGGGGCUUCCUCGGCCUCACGGGAUACUAUCGCAAGUUCAUCCACAACUACGGUGUUAUCGCGGCUCCGCUCACCGCCUUGCUCAAGAGGGACGCGUUCCUGUGGUCCCAGGCCGCCACUGACGCCUUCAACGAUCUGAAGAGGGCGCUCACCACGGGGCCAGUUCUUCAGCUGCCCGAUUUCACCAAAGAAUUUGUGGUGGACUGCGACGCCUCUGGUACCGGUUUUGGGGCCGUCCUUCACCAGCUUAACGGCCCCAUUGCUUUUUUCAGCAAGGCUGUCGCUCCGCGCCAUACUAAACUUGCUGCAUAUGAACGUGAAUUGAUUGGUCUUGUGCAGGCUGUGAGGCAUUGGCGUCCAUAUCUGUGGACACGUCCGUUCGUCGUUAGAACUGACCAUUGCAGCCUCAAGUAUCUCCUGGAUCAGCGGCUCUCCACAAUUCCCCAGCAUACAUGGGUGAGCAAGCUGUUCGGCUACACGUUCAAGGUGCAGUUCCGGCCGGGUCGCCAGAACGCGGCAGCUGAUGCCCUGUCCAGGAGGGACUAGGGCGACGAGUUGGCCGUCCACGCCAUCGCCACAUCUCGGCCGGAGUUCGCCCUCUUUGACGACUUCCGCCAUGAGUCCGAGCAGCUACCCAGCAUCAUCGCCAAGCGCCAAGAAAUUCAGGAUGGUACAGCUGGCGCUGCAUGGUCGAUGGCUGACGGUUUUGUCAUGCACCGCGGUCGCAUCUUCGUCCCCGACGAGUCGACCUUGUGGCCGGCGCUUCUCCACCAGGCGCAUGGCACCGGCCACGAAGGCGCACAGAAGACUCUCGUCCGCUUGCGGGCUUCGUUCUACAAUCCACACGCAUCACGCAAGGUACGGGAGUUCGUCAAGAGCUGCACUAUUUGCCAGCGCAACAAGACAGAGCACUUGCACCCGGCGGGGCUCCUCCAGCCUCUCGACGUUCCACACUCGGUGUGGGCCGACAUCGCUAUGGAUUUCGUCGAGGGCUUUCCGAGGGUCAGCGGCAAGUCG